AUGAAUGAAUUCACGGAUUCAGCGGUCAUGGAAAAUCAAGAUGGAUGGGAUGACUGGAACGAAACUGCUGAGAGUGAUUCUGGUUUUAAUGAACCUGAGUUGAAUCCAGAUCCUUCAAGCAUUCAAGAGGAAUCAAAGGAACAAAAGCCCGUGGAUCAAGUUGAUGACUCGCCCAUUAGACCCUUACCAGUGGAAGAGAAGGUCAAUAAUGCCCUGCAAGAAACCGAUGAAUUUGAAAAGACUGAGGAGACUGAAGUUGAAAACAAAGAUGAUCAGAUAACUAUUCAAGAUGCUCCUCAAAAUGAAAAGGAGAUACAGGAAAACGAGGAGGAAUCGGUAAAUGAGAAUGAAGAUAUCAGCACGGUUGCGGACUCAGAACCAGUCGGCAUACAACAAGAUCAAGUUCAAGAUGAAGAUCAAAGGCCAGCUGAAGACCACCUAGCUGUGAAUGAAACCGCUCAUGAAGAAACCAGUGAAGUCAGCAAUGAAAUCCAAGAUUCUGUUGGCGAAGAAGGAUCUGUUUCAGAACACGAACCAGGGCCAGUACCAACCGUAAACGUGGGAUCUACGCCUAUACAAAAAUCAGUUGAAAACUUCUCUUCCACGCCUGUACAAGAUGUAGUUGAACCUGCAACCCCAACAUUGACUCCAGAAGGAACUAAGGCUUCGAAUCCUAAUACUAUGUUUGAACUAAACACAAGUGCUGCACCUUCAGAACCACCAAUCAAACCAAAAGAAAUUCCGUCUAAUGGAUCCAAGGUAACUAAUACUGAUAAUAGUAUUAUUGAAUAUUUGCAAAAACAGUUGGAAGAACAGACUCAAUUGAGGGUUAAGCACGAAAACAACUAUCAAACACUUUUGGGUAAACUAUCUUCAAUGAGAACUGUUUUCAGUAAAAUGAAACAAUCGCAGGAAGAGCUGGAAGUGGAAAAAGCAAAUGUAAGAAGGCUUGAAGCUGAGAAGCUCGAGUUUAUCAAACAGGCUGAACAACUCAAUGAGGAGUGCGGUAAACUAAAUGAUGAAGUUCAAGAAAUGAAAAAAAUUCAGGAGCAAAAUGAAAAUUUUAAUGCAGAGAUUAAUCAGAAUAAGCAGGAGCUUGUCUCUUUGACCUCAGAUCUAAAGCAAAACGUACAAGAAGUGGAGAGGUUGAAAUCAGAGCUAAAGCGAGCCAAAUCUGAAACAGAAGAGUAUUUAAUGGCUUUGAGCGAAGAGAAAAUCGUAAAGAAUAAUCUAAAGAGUGAGAUUGCAGAGCAGAAGCAGCUACUUCAGAUAAAAGAAGAGGAAAAAGGUUCAAUUAUGAAAGAAAACUAUAAUCUAGAAGAAAAAAUGAAGGAGCUGGAAGCAAAAGUCAAAAGUCUGGAAAAUGAAAAGAAAUCUGAAGAAGCAAGCUUCCAGACUCGAGUCAACAUGUUGAAAGAUGAGGUAGAACAAUUGAAGGCUAAGCAUGAAGAAGAUACGGCUCAGCUGAAACAGUUAGAACUCAAGGAUACUAGGAUUACCGAAUUGUCAAACGAGGUGAAAGAGAAGCAACUACAGAUUGGCACAUUAAGGCAUGAAGCAGUGGUUUUGAACGAGCAUCUUACCAAGGCAUUAAAGCUAAUUCGUAAAGAUUCAUCUACUGAAUCAGUUGACAAAUUGUUGGUUUCUAACCUAUUCAUAAGUUUUCUGAAUAUGCCUAGAGGAGACACCAAGAAAUACGAAGUCCUCCAAUUGAUUGCCAACUUUCUUGGGUGGGACGAGACCCAGAAGGAACAUGCAGGUCUCAUUCAAAACCCAAAUUCCAUUAAGAAACGUGGAGCCAAGACUGAGUCAUUUGUUUCCUUAUGGACCGAGUUCCUAGAGAAAGAGACCAGCACUUCCAAAUAG